AUGAAUUUUGAAUUGAGCAGCACGAAACAAAUUGGUAUUGGAUUGACAUUAUUCGGUGUUACAUUCUUCACACUUGGUAUUAUUCUUUUUCUGGAUGGAGCAUUGCUCGCUAUUGGAAAUCGGGUUAGUAUUGGUAAUAGGAAUCCAGCGGACAAUGGCAUUCUUUUUUCAAAGGCACAAGGUCAAGGCAUCUUCAUUAUUUUUCGGCGGGAUAAUUGUUGUAUUAUUUGGUUGGCCGUUGUUGGGAAUCGUUGCCGAAAUUUGGGUGGUUUUUUGCCGGUUGCCACAAAUUUUCUUCGUCAAGUUCCUAUUAUUGGUAGUGUUUUAUGCUUACCAGGAAUAUCACAGAUUUUGGAUCGUUUAGCACCUGAAAAUCGAUAUCCAGUUUAG